AUGACGUGGUUAAAAUUUUGCGGGGUUGUCUUCGCCAUUGCACUUUCGUUGUUUAUCUUUUCAUUGGACCAGUGCAUCAUGGCAACAGCCUUUCCAGCCAUUGCAGAUAAUUUUAAUGCGUUGGAUAAGAUGGCUUGGUUGGUGAAUUCUGUCUUUUUGACGCUGAUCGGAUUCAGUUUAGCAUAUUUGCAGUGGUGUCAAUUCGUGCCGGCAAAGCAUAUUUCCAUGUUUGCCAUCCUGGUCUUUGAGAUUGGUGUACUGGUAUCAAGCAUUGCGAACUCCGUUCCGGUAUUAUUGGCAGGAAGAAUGAUUUCCGGUGUAGGAGCAGCAGGAUUAUAUAAUGGAGCAAUGUUGAUCGUUACCGAAACAUUUGAGCUUCACACAAGAGCAAAAGUCUUGAGCUUCUUUGGAAUAACUUUUGGCGUAGCUGCGGUCGUUGGACCUUCGGUUGGUGGAACGCUUGUUCAACAUUUAAGUUGGAGAUGGUGUUUCUUUAUCAGUCUACCGUUUGGUAUGAUCAGCUUUAUCAUGAUCGUCGUUUUGAUCAAAGCUAGGCCGCCGCUUGGCUUUGAAGCAAUUUAUACAGGCUACGAUUGGACAAUGUUGGAUCGAUUGCUGCAUUGCGAUUGGUUGGGAAUUGCUAUGACACUUGCUUGGGGUGUUUGUUUGAUUAUGGCGAUGUCUGAAGGUGGUCGUUCAUUGCCUUGGGAUAGCGCUGCUCAAAUCUUCUUGCUCGUAAUGCUUGGCGUUCUUCCGAUACUCUUUGCAUUAUGGGAGUACUAUCUCGGCAAGCAUGCAAUGUUACAACUCAAAAUCUUGCGAAGUCGUAAUAUGCGUUCUGCAUUGGCAGUUGGAAUGUGCACUUAUGCAUCUUGUUCUGUGGUCUUAUUCUUUUUAGCAGAAAUGCUUCGAGCAUUAUACAACGUUGAAGGCACGAUUGGAGGACUGAUGAUUUUACCAUUAAUUGCGGCUCAAACUGUCUCAAUAAUGAUUGCAGGUGAAAUUGUCAUUCGUACAAAUCUUGCUUGGCCGUUGUUAGUCUUGGGUCCUUUUUUAGCAACGAUUGCAAGUUUCAUGAUGAGCACAUCCACUGCAAAAACGCCAGUUUCAUUUACCGUUGGACUUUCUGUACUUACUGGGAUUGGAGCUGGUAUCAUUUCACAGUCGGUCGUCAUUCUUGCUCAGCUUCAAUAUAGGGAUGAUUCGGAAUUAAUAGGUGCGGCAACGGGUUUGGUCAUCUUUUCGAACAAUCUGGGUAGAUUUAUUGGAGCAUCGAUUGGCUCUUGUAUCUUUGGAAAUGUAAUGAUUCAUCAACUUUCAGCACAAGUUCCGAAUUUGGACAAAGAUUUACUCGUUCUCGUUACCCACAACGCACAUUCCAUUUGGACACAAGUGCCAGAGGUCAUUCGUCCGUUGGUGGUACAAGCGUAUCGAGUAACAUUGAACGAUGUUUUCAUUGCUUCUGCCUGUUUUGGCGCUUUAGGUGUCAUUUCUGCAUUUUUUGCUGAAUGGUAUCGUUUGUAG